GAUCUAGAUUACGUGCAAGUCAGUAGCUAGUCCCGUCUUGAUUUAGGGUCUAGAACACAGGGGUACCUACCAGCUAGCUGUCUAUAUAUUUAGGUUUACAAUGGGGGUGUAAGAAACAUAUAUGAAUUUACGAAGCAAGCACAAUCUUGAUCGAAUCUUAAUAUCUUGGUAUUUGUGGGUUUCUAUUCUAUUCCAUUCUCAUGCAAUUUCUGCUUCCAUCUUCUAUAUGUGAUCCAACUACCAUCUUGGCAUUCUUUCUCUUUCUGUUCUCUUUCGUAUGGAUAUCAAAAUACUUGCAGAAAAGAGAACCCCCGAAAGCGGCUGGUGCAUGGCCAAUACUCGGCCACCUUCCCCUCUUAGGAGGGCCUCAGCCGCCCCACAUCACCCUAGGGAACAUGGCUGACAAGUACGGACCGCUCUUCACUAUCAAACUUGGUGUGCACCGAGCUCUUGUUGUAAGCAGUUGGGAUGUGACUAAAGAAUGUCUCACCACAAAUGAUAAAGCUUUUGCCAACCGCCCGAAAGCUUUAUACUCAGAGAUUAUGGGGUACGACUAUGCCGUGUUCGGUCUUAGCCCUUACGGACCUUACUGGCGCCAGAUGCGAAAGAUAACCACGCUGCACAUCCUCUCCAACCACAAGUUGGAGUUGCUCAACCACGUCCGAGAAUCGGAGCUGAAGGUGUCAACCAAACAUAUAUUUGAUAUGCGGGAGCGAAACAAAGGUGUCUCAGAUAAGGUGCUGGUGGACAUGAAGAGGUGGUUUGGAGACUUAACUUUAAAUGUCAUGUUCAGGAUGGUUGUUGGAAAGCGAUUUUCUGGGGCUAACUCGGCGCAAGAGAAUGAAGAGAAUGAAUGCUUUCGGAAGGCAUUGAGGGAAUUUUUUAGAUUGGGUGGCGAAUUUGUAAUCUCAGAUGCAGUUCCAUUUCUUAGGUGGUUGGAUUGGGGAGGUUAUGCGAAAGCCAUGAAGAAGACAGCUAAAGAACUCGAUGGUGCGCUUCAAAAAUGGUUAGAAGAGCAUAAGCACAAGAGAAGUACUAAUUCUUUGCAACAUGAUUGUGAGCGUGAUUUCAUGGAUAUGAUGCUUACCGUCCUUGAUGAUGAUAGCAGAGAAGAGUUUGCUGGUUCAAUUACUGCUGAUUCAAUUAUCAAAGCCACAUGCCUGGCGGUUCUUCUAGGAGGGACAGAUACCUCAACAGUGACAUUAACCUGGGCUCUUUCUUUAUUACUCAACAAUCCUGAAGUCCUGAAGAAGGCUCAACUUGAGUUAGACAACCAUGUUGGUAGGGAAAGGCAAGUGAACGAAUCAGAUGUGAAGAACCUAGUCUAUCUCCAAGCCAUUAUCAAGGAAACCUUGCGGCUAUACCCUGCUGCACCUCUCUCAGUACCACAUGAAUCCAGUGAAGACUGCAGAAUAGGUAACUAUCAUGUAACCUCAGGCACGCGUCUUCUUAUCAACCUUUCGAAGAUUCAUCGUGAUCCAAAUGUCUGGCUCGAGCCUUGUCUAUUCCAACCAGAAAGGUUUCUUACAACUCACAAGAAUGUUGAUGUUAGGGGCCAGAGUUUUGAAUUUAUACCAUUUGGAAGUGGUAGACGAAUAUGUCCAGGAAUAUCUCUAGCACUUCAAGUUACUCAACUUACACUGGCUCAUUUGCUUCAUGGGUUUGAAAUUACAGCCCCAUCUGAUGAACCACUUGAUAUGGGUGAGAGUUCAGGAAUAACAAACAUGAAGAUAACCCCACUGGAGGUCUUUCUCACCCCACGCCUACAUCCUAAACUUUAUGAAAAUGUUGACUAGAUGACUCGCAAGUUCUUCAAUGUUAAGAAUUGCUGUGUUUCUGUCAAGACUGAAGUGCAACAUAUAUUGUAAUUCAAACAAUCUUAUCCAAUUUCCUCUCAAGGAUUUAUAUGCUGCAAUAAAAUUUUAUAAUUUGUAUCAUUUCACAAUAA